AUCCUGUUGGGAUAUGACAUCACCCUGGUGCAGGAGGUGCGGGAUGCUGACCUGAGCGCCGUGAAGAAACUCAUGGACCAGCUCAACAGCGUGUCCCUGCACCCGUACAGCUUUUUGGAUAGCAUCCCCCUGGGUCGGACCAGCUACAAGGAGCAGUAUGUCUUCAUCUACAGGUCGGACAUGGUCUCAGUGCUGGAAAGCUACUACUACAAUGACAGCUGUGGGACAGAUGCCUUCAGCAGGGACCCCUUCAUUGUGAAGUUCUUCUCACCCACCACGCAGGUGGAGGAGUUUGUGAUGGUGCCUCUGCAUGCUGAGCCGAGCAGCGCAGCAGACGAGAUCGAUGCGCUCUACGACGUCUAUACGGAUGUUGUCAACAAGUGGGCAACCAAUAACAUCUUCCUCCUGGGUGACUUCAAUGCUGACUGCUCCUACGUGACCAGCGCGCAGUGGCCGUCCAUCCGCCUGCACUCCCUUGAUGCCUGCGAGUGGCUCAUCCCCGAUAGCACCGACACCACCGUCAGCGACACCGACUGCGCCUACGACCGCAUCGUUGCCUGCGGCACCGCACUGCGCCGGGACAUCGAGCCUGGCUCUGCCACCAUCAACAACUUCCAGAAGACCUUCAACCUCCAGAGCAAGGACGCUUUGGCUGUCAGCGACCAUUUCCCAGUGGAGGUGACCCUGAAAUCCCGUUGA